AUGACUCGAAAAUUCUUUGGGAGGAAUCUUCGAUCGGAGGCUAGCUGGUGGUAUGAUGUUCGAGGUGUGGGGGCAAUCCCUUAUAUACCAGGAUUGAAAACUUACAAUGUGGAUUUCAGUUUCCAACACUUGACUUCUAAUGAGAUUUUGUGCUUGCUCGACUUCUAUGUGCAUUUCUCUGAGCAACGAAAAGGACAUGGUAAAGCAAUUAUUGACUACAUGCUGCAGAAUGAACACGCGGAAGCCUAUCAGCUCGCUUUGGAUAAUCCAUCGGUGACACUGCUUGGGUUCAUGUCACAGCGCUACGGACUGACAAAGCCCGUAUGGCAAAAUACUAACUUUGUAGUGUUUGACGAACUGUUCAAAUCUGUGGCUGCAAAUGGUUCUGUGGAAAGCCCUCCAGAAGGUUGGCGCAGACCUCAGACUCCUCGACGAAUUGGAAGCGGUGCGACAGAGACGCGUUGGUUGGAACAUGCUAUAAGUGGACAUCCAGCGAAGGGACAUGCGAUGAACGCGGCUGUGGAAGCCGACCAGACUCCGGAAGGAGCACUAGCUAACCGUGCCCAUCAAGCGAAAGCACGCAAAGCACACAUCUUAUCAAGCAGACCGCUAUGGUAG